AUGUCCGCCCCCUUACCGAGGUUGCCUUUGUCUACUGACGCAAAUGGAAGUCUCCUUAUCUGCCAAUCAGACCGCGCCCGCUCAGAAUACAUGGACCCACAGCUGCCUUCUUUCUACUUCCUUUUCCUCUCUUGGACUCGUCUUGGCUAUGUAAAUCUCGUCACUGCCUCUCACCGAAAACUUGGUUCCUGUACUGCUAUCUGUUCCGUGGUCCCUCUCAGGUUUUCAAUUGGUGUCUGCUUCUUUCUCUACGCUCUGCCAAGUUACCUUUCUGGUACUGUCACUGUGAUAGAGCUUGCGAGUCCCAAGGUGUGCCCACAAAUUCUUCUGGACCCUCAUAAGGCCCCGCCAGUGUUCCUUGCGGUCGGCCCUUCGCUAAUGAAUGCCACUCUUUUAUCCGACGGGCGGCUUGAACCCACUUCCUUAUCUCUUUGUACGCGUAUGCCUCCCUUACGGGCCGCAUCAAUGCUAUCAGCUACUCGAGGCUCGCCACAUCUGAAUCAGGGAUAUUAUAUGGGCUGA